CUCUGUACGCGUGACGUCACAGGCUGGGUCUGCUAAUUCUGAUUUAGAAAUAUAAAUCUGAGACAUUUGGACAACCGACACUGCCAACGUCUGCUUCACUGCCAGCUCGUGCUUCUCCUCAGUGACAGUGAGACGUCAGGAUGUCCUAUAUGAGUGCAGACAGCAGCUGGUCCCAGCCCAGGGACUUCAGCAGCCUCAUCCACACCUGCAGCUCCAACAUUCAGAAGAUCAGCAACAACUCUGGUCAGAUCAAAAACCUCCUCAACCAACCCGGGCUGAGACAGGAGAGCUCCGAGCUGAAGGAGAAGCUCCAACAGCUCCAGCACUACACCAACCAGCUGGCUAAAGAAACCAACAGACACCUGAAGGAGCUGGGCUCCCUGCCCCCCCCACUGUCUCCAUCAGAACAGAGGCAGCAGAAGCUCCAGAGGGAGCGUUUGAUGAACGAUUUCUCCUCAGCCCUCAACAACUUCCAGGUGGUUCAGCGGAGGGCGGCGGAGACAGAGAAGGAGUCCGUGGCCAGAGCCCGGGCCGGAUCCAGAGUCCUGGGAGAUGGAGGCAAUGUGACUGACCAACUGGUUACAUAUGAAGAUGAGGAUGAGUGGGGUGAGAGCCAGACACAGACUGAGGAGCCCCCGGUCACUGAGGAGAACCUGGAGACCAUCAGGGAGAGAGAGACCAACAUCAGACAGCUGGAGGCCAACAUCAAGGACGUGAACCAGAUCUUCAAGGACCUGGCUGUGAUGAUCCACGAUCAGGGGGAGAUGAUCGACACCAUAGAGGCCCAUGUGGAGAGUGCUGAGGUUCAUGUAGACAGGGGGACCGUCCAGCUGCAGAAGGCCUCCUAUUACAAGAGGAAGUCCCGUAAGAGGAUGUGCAUUCUGACCAUGGUGCUGUCGCUGGUGCUCAUCAUCUUCAUCAUCAUCAUCUGGCAGGCACUCAAAUAAGGAGACACACCUUCAGAGGACCUCCAGUGUGUGUAUGACCGAGAGACAGUGAGAGAGCGCUGUAUGUGUGUACAUUAGUUUAAAUAUCCCAACACACUAAAAGCUAAAUGUUGCCCCUUUAUUCAGCCACUGUGUGACUGAAUGUGGAUGUAUUUCUUUGUUUUUUAUGUUUUGGGUAUUUUUAGGCUAACAGCACACCAAAUCUACCAAUAUUUUGUGAUAUAUUCAUAAAAAUAUGUAUUUCCUAUACUUAAAUUGACAAGUUUGAAGUGUUUUGGGACACUAAAACGCCAAUGUAACCAUCACAUGUAUGACUACUAUUAUUUAUAACACCAACUUGUGUGUGUGUGUGUGUGUGUGUGUGUGUGUGUGUGUGUGUGUGUGUGUGUGUGUGUGUGUGUGU